AGCCUCGCAGCGCGGCCCUGGAAGGAAGGACGCCCCGUUGAGGAACAUGUCCCUUCGAAUGCGGCAACUCACGCGGGUUCCAACACUCUCCUUAAUUCUCAUCACCGGAUUUGGAGUUGUGGGUGGUCUUUAUAUCCUUGCAAGGAAGACCUUCUUUGUUCCUGAAGUGAGUUGGGAGAAAAACCAAGAAUCGUGGAAUAAUCGGGGUCUUAGUGACCAGCACGAGUUAUUUGCCACGUCUGUGGACUCCAAAGACCUGAAGGAGGAUCGCCCAGACUGCUGAACGUGUCACACGGAGUCAGUUCCUCACUCCUGCCAUGUUGAAGGAAAGUUACUGGACUUGUCAUUGGCACAGCCGCAUCUUCUGCCCUCUUCCCAGGCAGACCAUUUCAGCCUUUCAAGGGUUCUCGAUGAAGCUUCUGCCUCAGCCAAGAUAAUUUUGCAGCUGUUCUUCCCUGCCUCUGCCAUUUGCUGGUGUGUCAACCGCAAAGGUCACCAAUCAACAUCUACAGCCCAUCCAACAGAAUCAAAAGUACGCACUGACCCAUUCUACCUCUGGGAAAUGCCCCUAAAUAUUGAGCUGAUAAACAUCUUGUUUAUUUUUAAAAAAAGGAGGGUUGGGGGAGAGAGGAAGAGACAAAGUGACACAAAGCACAUUCUUUUUGAUCCCAUUUGUGCAAAGUCCUUGGUUCAGUAUUUUCCUUCCCUUCCUGCAAAAAUCCUUGACCUUGAUGUGUGUGGCAUUUCCUGCCUCCCAUGCUUAAUUUUACCAUUCCCACACAGAGACAAGACAGUCCCAGCACCUAGAUCAGUGAUGGAGAACCUUUUGGGCUUCGUUUGUCCAACAUUUGAAAAAUGCCUAAUUUGACUCUCUAGCCAAACAAAAGAGAAACAAUACAUACACACACAUACACACACAGAGAGAAUCCAAUCAUGUGUGUGAUUCCCAGAAUCUGCUGCACACUUACCCUCAGGUGGUGUUCUUUUUCUGUGACAGGCCCUUGUGGCAGGUCUGGAUCGCCCAAGGCCUUCAUUCUUGAAGCGCCUUGGGAGAAGGCUCUUCCACAGCUUCUGCAGCCUCCCAAAACCACAAAAGUGUGUCCAUCCUUGUAUGAUUUUCAGAGGCUCCAGAGACUGCAGAAGUCCACAGCCCUGUCAUGUAACUUCUAGAGGGUCCAGAGGCCACAUAAGAACACACCCUAUUCUCACACUGCCUCCAAAAUUUGUGCAAGAAUUGGGUGUGCUUUCAAGAAUAUUGUCAGAUGUUUCACCCAAAACAUGGUGUGUCACUCUUUACGUGUGUUUCCAUAGAUUCGCCAUCAUUGACCUAGAGCAAGGGUCU